ACAGAGGUAGAGACUUUCGAUAAUGGGGGGCUUCAGCUGGUUGAGUUGAGUCCCAUGGACCCCUGGUUGGCUGACCCUCGAGAGCGUCUGGAGCUCCAGGACGGAGAAGUGAAAGUGACGUACUUGAGCCACGCCUGCAUGGAACUGCAGCUGGGGCAGAGGCGGUUCAUGUUUGACCCUUGGUUGAAGGGUCCUGCAUAUGCCAGAGGCUGGUGGCUUUUGCACGAGCCUCCGGCAGACUCUCUGGACAAACUGUGCGCGGCAGAUUUCAUCUACAUCAGCCAUAUGCACUCUGACCACCUCAGUUACCCUACACUGAAGGUCUUGUCAAAGAGGAGGCCUGAUGCCCCCAUUUAUGUUGGUGACACAUCAAGACCCGUCUUUUGGUAUUUGGAGCAAAGCAAAAUCAAGCUGACCAACAUCAAUGUUGUCCCUUUUGGUGUUUGGCAAAAUGUUGAUGAAGACCUGAGAUUCAUGAUCAUGAUGGAUGGUGUGCAUCCGGAAUUGGACACCUGCAUCAUUAUUGAAUAUAAAGGUCACAUGAUCCUGAACACUGUGGACUGCACCCGGCCAAACAAUGGACGGCUUCCACAGAAUGUGGACUUAAUGAUGAGUGACUUUGCGGGAGGUGCGUCUGGGUUCCCCAUGACCUUCUGUGGAGGAAAAUACACUGAUUCCUGGAAGGCAGAGUUUAUCAAGAAUGAAAGGAAGAAGUUGCUGAACUACAAAGCUCAGCUGGUGAAGUCCCUGCAGCCGGCAAUUUACUGCCCGUUCGCGGGCUAUUUUGUGGAGGCUCAUCCAUCAGACAG